UCAACCGGUAUUUCUCAGCUAACGUAUUAGUGCCCAUAAUCCGAGAUUAUCGGCGACACGAAUCAUUUGUUAAACCAGCCAAUAGCAGCACGUGCGUGGCAUCAUCCAGCGCAGGAUGACCCCACGUUGGGUACCAACGCGACAAGCCCAAUGUGCGAACCGUCACUUUAUCUUCCCCCCAAUCUCCGCAAGACCAAACCGAAACGAUGUGGGCCCGCCAGCUCGCCACCGUGUCCAAGACUGCACGCAGCACCAGUACAACGUGGUGGAAGCGUGCAUCGUCGACACUGGAGUCCCGUCAGGAUGAGACCCAGCAGCCUGCGAACUUCCAGCUCGUCAUCGUGGGCACAGGCUGGGCCGGCUACCAAAUGUUCACGCAAUGCCGUAAGCAUCUCGUCGACAUCGAGGAGACCGUGGGCCGAGCUGUGGACCUCGUCGUCGUCUCCAAGCGUAACCACUUCCUGUAUACGCCGCUACUGGCCAGCACAACAGUGGGCACCCUAGAAUUCCGCUCCAUCAUUGAGCCUCUGCGCGACAGUAUGUUCAGUCACGAGAGCGACUUCCACUUCGCCAAUGUGCAGAACAUUGACCCGGAGAAGAAGCUCUUGAACGUCGAGUCUGCUAUCAGUGCUGAGAGUCGUCACCGCAAGUACGACAUCAAGUACGACGCCCUGGUGUUGGCUUGUGGCUCUCGUCCGCUGACUUUCGGUCUCCCUGGAGUGGAGGAGCACGCCUUCUUCUUGAAGGAGAUCCACCAUGCACAAAGGAUCCGUAACCGCAUUCUAGAGAACUUUGAAGCAGCUACGCAACCUGGUAUCACGCCUGAAGAGAAGAAGCGUCUGCUACACUUUGUAGUCGUAGGCGGCGGCCCCACAGGCAUCGAAUUCUGUGCCGAAUUGUACGAUUUGGUGCUCCAGGACCUGGUACACAAGUACCCACAGACGUCCAAGCACUUGGGUGUGACGCUAGUGGACUCCGGUGAAAUCCUCAAUGGCUUCGACAAGCAUCUGCGUGCUGUGGCACUGCGUAAGAUCCAGAAACGCAACACGAUGAAGAUCGUUAAGAAAAACUGCAUUGAAGUCACAGCGGAGGGCGUCACGGUUGAAGGUGGCGAGAAGAUCCCUGCUGGUCUGGUCGUGUGGACCGCUGGAGUGGGUCCGAACGAGCUCACCAAGUCAUUAACGGUGUUCGAGAAGAGCAAACGUGGCAACAUUCUCACUAAUCAGUACUGCCAGGUACUGGGAGCCGCUGAGGUCGAAGAGAAGGCCCCAUGGGGGAUGCCUCGCCGCUCGAACGUCUUCUCUAUCGGUGACUGUGCCGAGAUCUUGGACUACCCGUUGCCUGCUACUGCCCAGAAGGCGCAGUCUCAAGCGAACUACCUUACUUCUUUGCUUCGCGGUAAGAAUCCAGCGCCGGCCAAGCCGUACGCUUUCCAAAGCAAGGGCAUGAUGGCGUAUCUCGGUUCCUACGAGGGGCUUUUCGAGGCACAUCCUCGUGACGAUGACCGAAUCACUCUAAGUGGUUGGAAGGCCUGGUUCCUCUGGCGUAGUGCGUAUCUGACCAAGCUAGGAAGCUGGCGACUGCGUCUGCAGGUGCCGCUCGACUGGCUCAAGGCGAUUCUCGUCGGUCGUGACGUGUCUAAGUUUUAAGACAAACAAGCGUAGAAGACCGACGCAUCCCAUUCACUAAAUAAACAUCCCUUCACGUCGGUUGCUACGUGCGAUGAUGCAGAUUCCUGCUUUUGCUUCAUAGAAGUACAGUCUUCUGGAUGAUGUCGUGCUUCUUAGAUGAUGGGUCUUUGUGCCACCGCCACAGAUAUCUGCUUCGCAAGCUGCUGCUUAACAAGUUCUGGGGUCAGGUCGAAUGCAGCUUUAAAGCGUGGCGAGCGUUCUGCAGUUAUUCAUCUGUGGUUCUUGGCCGGUUGCGUGUUGUCAAUCAACGACAGCGUCAGCGAUGUGCGCUAUUGCGAUGGAGGCGAAUUGUUCGCUGUCAGCAGCUUGGCGAGCAAGCCGAAGCUACUGUGACUGUAUGGCGUAGUCACCAGGCAGCGAAGGUAUGCUAAUGAUUGCUUGGAUAGUCGGAAUUCUUGUCUAACAUGUGAGUAUCUUUCUAGAAACUAGCGUUCAUGAUAACCAAGCAUGACAAAUUGGUUUUGAUUUCAUAUUGGGUGGAAUGGAUCUCAUGGCAUCGUAGACGACGUUGCAUGCACUUCCAACAGGCAGGAUAGGAAAAUAAUAGUUUAUUUCAAUACUGUGAAC